UGUGAGCUGGGUUCGAGCCCUCAGCAAAAAAAGAAAAGAAAAUACCCACCAAGUCUUGUCACCAAAAAAGAAUAAAAAUAAAAAGAGAAUACCAUACAACUCAAUCGCAAAUGCUUUUACUGUAGAUCGCGUAGCUUCUGAUGUCCCUUCUCUUCCCCAAAAUGUAUUGUCAAAAAAAAAAAAAGAAAAAAAAAAAAAAGAAAAGAAUUAUUCCCCACUCUCUAAAUGCUUCGAGAAUUACACUCACUCAAUGUAACUGCUUAAAAAGUAAUUAGACUGCACAUUGUUCCUCCGCUACUCUUGUAUCGCCGAAACCAUUAUCAAAUGUCUCAGAGUCAUAGAAGAGAAACAGUUGUGGACAUUGAAAGUAAUGGUGGUUGUAGCAAAGAAAAAGAGGUUCCAUCAAAAUCUGAUGGAGAGGGCUUUCCGGUUCAAAUACAUCAAGGUUCACCAGAGAAAUCUGCGGAACACAUGCGGCGAAGGAGCAAAGAGUUCUCUUCUGGCCAAGAAAAUUGGCAGCAGUCCUCCAGUACCGGCGCUGCUGCAGAGGUUCUGAGGUGCAGUUCAAACGCUUCUUUUCGACGGAAUUCGUGGAAGCCUCCCCUAAGCAAAACAAGGUCCAGGUUCAGCGACGCAUUUGAGCAAUCGUGUGAGAAAUCGGACAGACUGAUAAAUUCUGGACGAAAAUUGCUGCGAAAAGAUGACGAGAACGAUGAUAGGGACGGUUUUGAUGAGGACGGCAUUGAAGACAUACCGGGAGAGUACACAAAAACCAAGUUCAGCCCAAUCUCAUUGCUUCAGUGGGUGAGUCUUGUUUUGAUUAUAGCGGCCUUAGUUUGUAGUCUUUCGAUUCCAGUUCUGACCAGGCAGACGCUGUGGGACCUUCCGUUGUGGAAAUGGGAAAUAAUGGUUUUAGCAUUAAUCUGUGGGCGUUUGGUCUCCGGGUGGGGAGUUCGUUUGGUUGUGAUCAUUAUAGAGCGUAAUUUUCUUCUGCGCAAACGGGUUCUGUAUUUUGUAUAUGGGUUGAGGAGGGCCGUCCAAAAUUGCCUGUGGCUUGGUCUGGUUUUGCUGGUAUGGCAUUCCAUCUUUGAUGAUAAGGUUGAGCACGAGACAAAGAGUAGGAUUUUACCUUAUGUGACCAGGAUUUUGGUUUGUCUUCUGUUGACUACCAUCAUAUGGCUUCUGAAAACUCUUCUUGUUAAGGUACUUGCUUUGUCUUUCCAUGUGAACACCUUCUUUGAAAGGAUUCAGGAGGCUCUGUUCAGUCAGUAUGUGAUCGAGACUCUUUCCGGUCCCCCACUGUUUGAAAGACAUCAUCUACGUGAAGAGGAAAGGGGGGCUGCUGCUGCUGAGCUUCGGGAGUUUGAGAAUGCUGCUGGGGUUUCUAUGCCUAGUGAGCUCAGGGCAACUCUGCUUCAAAGGAGUACUGGAAGAGUUACUGGGAGUGGUGGUGGACUACAGCAAUCCCCUUCAAUUGGGAAGAAUCCUAGAUUUUCAAGGCCAAUGUCUGAUAAACAAGACGAGAAAAUCCCGAUUGACCACUUGCAUAAGCUGAGUCAGAAGAAUAUUUCAGCUUGGAAUAUGAGGAGGAUGAUAAAUAUCAUCCGCCAUGGGUCCUUGACCACUCUGGAUGAGCAGAUAAUCAAUUCUGACGUUGAGGAUGAGUCUUCUGUACAUAUUAGAACUGAAUGCCAAGCCAAAGAGGCAGCCAGGCAGAUAUUCCUCAAAGUUGCCAAGCCGGGGUCCCAAUACAUUUUGCUGGAGGAUGUCAUGCGUUUUAUGAGUAAGGAUGAAGCGUUGAAGGCAAUGCAACUUUUUGGAGCAGCAAAUGAAAACGAGAAAAUUAGCAAAUCUUCUCUGAAAGAUUGGGUGGUCCAUGCAUUUAGAGAGAGAAAAGCACUUGCAUUGUCUCUCAAUGACACAAAAACGGCGGUAGACGAGCUUCACAAUAUGUUGAACAUUCUUGUAGCUAUCAUUAUUAUGAUAAUUUGGCUUCUUAUACUUGGAAUUCCAAUCACCCAAUUCCUUGUCUUCGUAAGCUCUCAGCUUCUCUUGGUUGUAUUCAUAUUUGGGAAUACCUGUAGGACAAUCUUUGAAGCAAUCAUCUUCUUAUUUGUAAUGCACCCAUUUGAUGUGGGAGAUCGUUGUGAAGUGGAAGGAGUUCAGAUGAUAGUUGAGGAGAUGAACAUAUUAACCACAGUCUUUCUGAGGUAUGAUAACCUAAAGAUCAUAUACCCCAAUAGUGUUCUAGCUACCAAGCCCAUUGCUAAUUAUUACCGCAGUCCAGACAUGGGAGACGCUAUCGAUUUUUGCAUCCACAUCUCAACUCCAGUUGAGAAGAUAGCCAUGAUGAAGGAAAGAAUAAAAGGGUACAUUGAAAGCAAGGGUGAGCACUGGCAUGCAGCUCCAAUGUUGAUAAUGAGGGACGUGGAGGACUUGAACAAACUGACGCUGUCACUGUGGCCUACACAUAAAAUGAACUAUCAGGACAUCGCAGAGAGAUGGAAUAGGAGGACCCAUUUGGUUGAACAAAUGAUCAAAAUUUUCAGAGAACUUGACAUUGAAUAUCGCUUGCUGCCUCUUGAUGUGAAUGUCCGAAGCAUGCCAAGUUCCGACAAUCCUCCUUCGAAUUGGACAAGUCAUGCCGCCAGAGGUGAUUGAAUUUGAAGUUAUGCCAGUGAAACAGAGAGUCGGAAUGAUCUUCAUUAUGAAGGAAAUUUAUGUUCUAACAAAUCAUUUUCAUUAAGUCAUGCCACCAGGUCAAACGAAUUGUGGCUGGAUUGAUUAUACGUGCCAUUAUGCUGUCCAUUAGCUUCUCUCCCCAUAGCUUAAAAGGCAGUGGUUUUGAUAUAUAAAAAUCAAAUCUUAGAAUUGUUUCAAUUUGAAUAAAGUAAUCGGUAUGAUAAAACUACUUAAUUGUCUAUGGUAAGCAUA